UACUAGAUGGAUUAUAUCAGCUAAAUAAUCAACUUGUCUGUAUCUCUUAUUACAAGACCUAUUAUAAAAGUUUAGAAUAUGAUGAUCCACAAAGCCAAGAAUAUUACCAAACAGGACUAAAAAGAGGAACCCUUGUUAACUGCAAGAUUUGUAAUCACCAAAAAUCUAGAGCAAGAAUGCACAGAAUAGAAAGUAUUCAAGAAGAACUUUGGUUUUGUGAAUUAGAACAUAU